AUGCAUAAGUGUGGAUUGGAGUGCAGGCACUCGAGAUUUUUCUUCUCCUAUGCCAUCGGCCUGGGUGCCCUGAUCUGCGCUGUGGGCAGCUAUAAUCGCUUCCAUAAGCAACUGUUACAGGAUGCCUUCUUGCUGGCCAUGAUAAACAGUGGUACGAGUUUCUUUGCUGGCUUUGUGGUGUUUUCUGUCCUGGGCUUCAUGGCCGCAGAGCAAGGAGUGGACAUCAGUAAAGUAGCUGAGAGUGGUCCAGGCCUGGCGUUUAUAGCCUACCCCAAGGCUGUGACUCUAAUGCCUCUGGCGCCAGUUUGGGCAGCACUUUUCUUCUUUAUGUUGCUAGUACUGGGCUUGGACAGCCAGUUUGUAGGGGUAGAGGGUUUGAUAACGGGAAUUAUGGACAUGCUACCGCCUAAAUCUGCCAUGGGCUCCCUGCGGCGAGAGGUGGUAGCGGCCAUCUGCUGCGUCAUCUGCUUCUUGAUCGACAUAUCCAUGGUCACUGAGGGAGGGAUGUAUGUCUUCCAGCUGUUUGACUACUACUCUGCCAGUGGCAUCACUCUGCUGUGGCAGGCCUUCUGGGAGUGUGUGGUGAUUGCUUGGGUCUAUGGCGCGGACCGUUUCAUGGAUGACGUGGCUCGUAUGAUCGGCUAUCAGCCCCUCCCCUACAUGAAGUGGUGCUGGUCCUACAUCACACCUUUAGUCUGUGUGUCAGUGUUCAUUUUCCAUGUGGUGAACUACAAACCCCUUACCUACAACACAGUGUACACCUACCCCCUGUGGGGCGAAGUGCUUGGCUGGAUAUUGGCCCUUUCCUCAAUGCUCUGUAUCCCGGUCACCGUUCUCUACAAACUACUGCGCUGCAAAGGAUCUUUUCGGGAGCGCUGGAAGCACCUAACUACACCCGUUUGGGGCCGACAUCACAUGGAGUACAUGGCCCCGGAGAGCGGGGCCAAACUGCUGCCCCCUGCAGGAACAAAGAGCACGCUUCUCUUUGAAAGUGUCAUCUGAUGAGCUGAGCCCCGCUGAACACAGAGCCUUGACGUCAGCACACACCAUCUACACAAAAUACAUGCACACCACACAGGCCUGGUAAGAGCUAAGUGCAGAUUGGUUACACAUCCUCCACAGUUUGAAACCUGAAUGGAGAAGCCCUGGACAAAUGGACGACCAAAGAUUAGAUGGGAGAAGAACCGAAACACACCCACACAGUCAUCACCACUGAAACACGCCCUGCUCUGCUUUCUGACUCUACCUCGCUGACUCUCCCCGCUCCCGCCUCUGUGCUGUCCCGUCUCGUCUUGUUCUGUAAGUGUGAUGUGUCCAGUGUAGCUGCGAUAUCUUCCCUGUCUGUCCCUGUCUGUCAUCCGUCCCCGUGUCAUGCCAUUUUGUGAUGAGCAGAGACCUAAAAAUACUUUAAAAACAUUCUAAUCGAAAGAUCUACUGCUGGUGUGUGUGUGUGUGUGUGUGUGUGUGUGUGUGUGUGUGUGUGUGUGUGGGACCGUGGCAGGGGUGUCUUGAUUUACAUUGGACAUUGUCUUUGGCCAAAGUUUGCUGCCAACUUUAUUUCCCUCAAGUAACUGUUGAAGAACAGCUUCCAUUUGUAAAAAAUAAAAUAAAAUUAUAGUUAUCAAAAGGAGACCAUCACCACUUCCAGCUAUGUGUUAUGAGCUAACUUAAGUAUCCAGUGUAUUGUAGGGUCUGUGAAUCAGUGUUAACAAUAUUUCAAGGGGAUGAUUAUCAGUAUUUCCACCUUAAGAGAAGGAGAGAAACUGAAACCUGAAUUGUGCAGAGAGCAGGAGAAUGUGUUGUGGGGAGGGGAAAGAGCCUUGAUGUGAGGAAGGGAGCAAUAAAUGACCAGAUAAAGACGGAUGUGUUUUUUCUGACUUUUUAUUUACAGUCUCAUUCAUACUUUGUCUAACUCUAGAAAUGUACCAAAACUAUUCUGGUUGAAUCACAUUUAAUAUGUUACACCGCCGGUAUAAAAACUAGUCAAACAUUUCACAGAUAACUUGACGUGUCAGGUAGAACAAAGGUGAACCGUAAGCACUCUUAAGGAGAGUGUUCUGUAGUUUACAACACUCGACAUUGUUUGCAUUGGAGUGGUUCAUCCAAGGAACCAAUAUUUAAGGAUCCCUGACACACAUUUCCGUGUUUUCUGCUGGUUGAUAAUUGAUUAGUCCCAUCCCACAUCCCACAAAUUGAGA